GUCCUUAUCACAUCUCCUAAACACAUUCCUCCACCUCAGAACGUUUCUAUCAAGGAAAAGUGGUUAGGAAAGGAGGUAGGAGACCACUGAGUGUAUGUGGACGUGAAGGGCUUUUAUUGUGAAAUGUACGGUAGGGAAAAGCUGUUCCGCACAUGCGCGGUAGAGAUCCUGCGUGGGCAGAGACUAGUCAGUUUAAUAAGUUUGAUGAUUUGUUUAAAAUACAGAACAAAAGUAAACAAAGUUGGACAGCAGAGCAUCAUGGCGGCUUUAUGAACGUAAGAGGCGGGAACACGGAGGGCGACGGUCAGAGGGAGGAGGACCGGAAGCUGUUUGAAAGCCGUGAGCGGGAGUUUGUCAGCAGGGGGAGAAACCGGCACCCGGAGCGAAGACAUGGACCCCCUGCAGGAGCUCCUGGACCGGGUCAAGCCCAGCACCGAGGCGGAGUCCCUGUGGUUAAAGAACAUCUUCACCUUCAUCUCUGAACACCUGAGUCCUGUGGUGUGUAGCUCCGCCCCCUCGCAGACAGGUAACCACAAUCAGCAGAGAGCCUGGGCCAGGGAGGCGGAGCUCGCCGUGCCAGGUCAGAGGGCGCUGCCGAGAGUCAACCUGCUGCUGAUUGGCUGUCUGAGAGAAGGCCGUGACGGAGAGUACAGGCUGACGGACGCCAGCGGCAGCGUCAUGUGUGAGUGCCUGUCUCUCUCGCCCCUGUGGCUCAAUCGUCCCGUUUUCCUCCCUCACUGGAACUACAUCCCCCACAAUGCAUCGGGCCAGGAAGAAGCUGCAGGCUUCUUGGAGCUGAUUGGCUCCCCUGUCCUGUUGUGUCCUGGUGCUGAGCAGGGUUUGGCUGCUGCUCCUGCAAGGGUGGAGCUAAGCGGAGUGGUGGGAGUCGGAGAGGCCGGCAGGCUGCUGAGGCACAGGGUCAAAGGUCAGCGGCUGAGCAUGUUCGGAGAGGUGGGCUCAGUCUGCCCUCUGCUGGCUGUGGCAGGAACGACCUUCUUUUGCUUCACGCUAACGGAUGAGUCGCGCUCGCUGCCCGUGCUCGUACAGGACAGCAGCCGGCUCAGCUGGAUUCAGCGUGUGUGUGUCGGGCAGAGCGUGUGUGUGACAGCUCUACGUGUGUGUGCGCUACGAGGCUGGAGAGGAAACAACAUCCUGUGUGUGACGAAGCGCUCCGAGCUGCACGCCGACUACACGCACACACAGGAACACACACAGGAACACACACACUCUGAGUCCCUGCUGCUGAUGUCACAGCCUGCUGAGGACGACUGUGAGGAGGCGGAGCAUGAGGAGGUGGAGAUGGACCAAUCAGCUGAGAGGAUAAAGCAAUCCAAAGUCAUCAGCUACCAGGGCAUGGUGACUGAAGUUGUGAGUGAGGGGGCGGGGCUCUACGUGCUGGAUGGGAAGGUGGGUCUGUGCAUGGCCUAUCAGCCGGCGGCGAAGAGGAAGCUGAGGGCGGGAGACAGAGUGGAGUUGCAUCACGCCCACUUCCUGUACCGGCCCUGCCCAGACUUCCCUCCCAGCAUGCUUUGCACCUGCCUGCGCUCCAGCCUGAGGGUGACGGCCUUCAGCAGGGCGGGAGGGUCGCCACCCGACAACCGCUGCCCGGGAGAUGGGGCGUUACCACGGUUACUGCUGCAGAGAAACAUAGAUGUGUCCGAUUACCUGUGGACGUGUCACCUAAGCUCGCAGCUGGCACACAGUCUGGUCCAAGGUGUGUGGAGCCAGCAGUGUGUGUGCUUGCUGUCCUGGAGGCUGAUGGAGACUCUGAGCAGAGCUGGAGGACGAGGACGCAGAGACAUCUACUCUGAGAUGCUGGACGAGCCUCACACCUGUCCUGUGACUCAGUACAGCGUGUCCUCGGCGGUCUGUCAGUACCUCGGUGUGUCGGAGCUCCUGGAGUCCCUGCAGUCUGACUGCUGGUCUUCGGCCCCUCUGAGCUCUCUGCUGCCCCCUGAUGGCUCAAACCUGACCUCCUCCCAGAUCAAGGGGUUCCUGUCCUGGUCUUGCAGGACUCUGUCCUCCGAGCCUCGGGGUGGAGACGCUGUCAGGCAGCGCCCCCUGCUGCUGGGCGGCGUGCUGGAGCUUCCGUCACAGACGUCUGAGUUCAAACACUCGAUGCAGCUCAGAGACGCCACAGGAGCUGCAGCCUGCGUGCUGACGGAGAGCAGCGAGGAGGAGGAGGGAGCGCAGAGGGCGGUCUUUAACAGCGCCUGGAUUGGUUGUCUGGUGGGUGUGGUGCAGCUCACCAUGGUGACAGAGAGAUUCCUCCAAUCAGAUUUCCCUUCCUACCAACACCUGGACCAGGACAGGUUCAUCACACACAGAGGGCGUUUAUCAAUAUGCGUACUUGUGCGUGAUGUGAGCUUCCUUCCUGGUUACACAAGGGGGAGGAGCCAGGAGGGAGGGGACGUCACUGCCAGGAAGCAGACAGUAGAAGAAGAAGGAGAAGAGACUGCUGGGAGUAAGAGGAAGAGAAGAGAAGAAGAAGAAGCAGAUUCCGGCAACCCCUGGUCCUGUGUCUCCAUGGUGAUCAGGGUGGAGCAGAAGGAGGGUGUGUCCUGGAGGAAUACAGGGGCGGGGGCAGAGGAUCAGGAGGCAGGGCUGAGACUGUGCUUCUCAGUGAAAGCUGCUGUGAUUGGUCCAGUGGUCAGCUGGAGGCGGGACCCAAAGAAUGAACCAAUGACAGAGAAAGAAAGUGAACAAAAGCAGGAGAGAAAGGUGGUGCUGGUGUUCUCAGGUGUGUGUACGCGGUGGUUUCCUGUCCUCCAGCCUGGAUGUUUCUACAGACUCAUCGCCGCUAACACUCAGGAUCCCAGUGUUUUGAUUGGCUGUGGAGUUUCUGGGCGCAGUGGGGUGGAUCUCCACGCUGAGUCAACCCUACAAGUCAGACGUGGUUGGAGAUUCCACACUCUGACACGCCCACUGCUGCUGCCCACCUGCAGACAGGCCGUCCCACCCACAGUCUUGUCUGUCUCAGAGGUCUUAGACUGCAGUUCAGAGCUGGUGUGUUUUCAGGGUGUGGUGUCUGAAAGGAUCAGUGUGAACAACAGGACUGCCCACUCUGGACACACACACUCAGGUGUGCGUCUCACUCUUUGUGACCAAGCUGGGAGGAGUCUGCAGGUGUACCUGGACUUAAGCCACACCCCCUACCCACCUGGCCUGUUGCCGGGUAACACUCUGCUGUUGUCUGGUUUCCAGAGGAGGCUGUCCAGGACAGGAAGUGUGUACUGCACGUACUUACCUGUCAGCUCCAUAACUGUGGUCUCCCUGGGAGACACCAGCUCGGCCCAGCCUCCUCCUCCUGCUCCCAUCAUGCACCUGGGUGAGUGGGCUCUGAGCAGCAAGCAGAGGUGCACUGUGGGACAGGUCAAAGGUCACGUGGUGUGUUUCCUGUUCCUGCAACUGCAGUGGAGCUGCUCGCUGUGUGGCAGCGUGUACACACAGGGCUGCAGCAGCUCUCAGUGUCACUCGACCUCGUCAGUGUUUCAGUCCAAAGCAAAGCUGGUGAUUGAUGACGGGACAGGUGAGGCUCACGUCUGGUUCUCAGCUGCUCUGGUUCGUGCUCUGCUGGGAUUGGCUGACGGUCAGUGGGAGGGGCUUCAGAGAGCACUCAGGGUCAGAGGUCACAUCAGAGUCUUCCCUCGUGGGCAGAGCCAGGUGUGUGACGGGGACGCUGACGACUUCCUCCUCCACUUCCUGUUGUGUCUGUGCAGCAGUGAUGUCAUGAUUCGGCCGCUCAACCUCACCUGCAGGAAACGCACCAACCAGAGACCAGAAGAGUCGUGUGUGUGUUUGUGUUUCAGAGGUGAGGAGGUUCAUUCGAGGAGACAGAGAGUUCCUGACCAGACUGGCUCCUCCCCUUCAGCUCACCUGUCUGCACCUCCACCCUGACUGAGCUCCACCUGCUUCGUUCUGAUUUUAUCUGUUCUACGUGUUCGUACAAAUAAAACUUUAUUGCUCCUCCUCCUGUCACACGGUAUCUCACCUUCACUGAACCUAACGCUGGUGAUCAGGGUCAGAGGUCACACAAAGCUCUCUGGGUUUAACCUCACAUGAAAGGGGCGGAGCUGUCAUCAUCACAAAGGGGUGUUUAACAGGUCAUGUGACCCUUCUACAGGAAGUGAUCCCUGUGAGUGGCGCCCACAUCAGAGACGUUCUCAGAUGGUGAUUCAUAAAACCUGCACCAGUAAAAUCUGAAAGUGGAAGGAUGAUGAGUGAAACUGGUUAAUCUGGUGUUUGUGGCACAGAGCGGGAUAAUAAAGGUUUGACCUCCACUGUGUGACACGUGUACCUGAACAGGUGUGCUGUGUGACACGUGUGGCUCUGGGUCAGGUGUAACUCCCACAGCCUGUAGUUCAGAUUCUCUGUGUUUGUGAAGUAAAACUAAACACUGUGAACGUGUUUCAGUUUCUUUACAGACGUCAGACGGUGAAAGCUUCAGCCUGACCAGGAAAGAAUCAGUCUGCUUUAAAUCACACUUACUUUAAAAUUCAUUUCUCCUCA